AUGUCUUCAUCGAUGGCACAAACUUUGAAUGAAUUUCUGUCCAAAACUGAUAUCAAUAAAAGACCCGAAAAUGAACUCAAAUCCAACGACGGAUUCCUUAUAGUGGAGGGAAUCGGAGCCAUCGGUGCCCUCAAAGUGACCGUCAGUUCUGGCAAAAAGUCUUUAACGAUAAGCAAUGUCUACGGCUUGGGUGCGGGCGCUGUGGCCGACAUUAAUGGCGGCAAAAAUGGUCGCAAAAAUGUGAACGAAAAACAAGAAGUGAAGACAAUUACCGAACCUUUAUAUGAGAAAUACAUGAAAUCCUUGGAUUCAAAGGACUCUUCUAAUGGUCUAUUGGUUUUGGCUGAAGGAGGAAACGCUGGGGAGGCUGUGAUCGCCACCCGUGAGGGUUGGCUCGAUGUUAAGGGCGCCUCCGGUUUUAGACUGGGAUCCUAUACUGAAAUCUCUACUCGCGGUUAAAUUAUUGCAUAAUUAUCAUAUAUUUUUUACUACAAAUAAUAGCCACUAAUUAUUUUUAUAAAUUAUUAUAUAUAAAAAUAUUAUAAUUUAAAUUAUUUAAUAAAGAUA